UAAACCAUUGUGGUCCAUACUCUGAAGACCUUAAAUUGUUGUUGCGAGCUCGGUGGAGGAUACACAAACCACCACAUACGAGUCUUAGCAGCAGCCAGCUUCUACAUAUCCGGCACUAUCGCAUUGCAUCAUGGACAUCGAGAAAGUUGCUCGCGUUUGUGCACUCUUGGUUUUGGGAUGCAUAGUUUGCAGCGAGGAACAAGUUAUAAGGCAGCAUGUCUAUGACGGUUCCAUCUAUGACACCGGCAGUUUCAAUGUUUCAAUGUUCACCAUCAAUCAAAGACGCCUACUGCCACUCCGAGUCUUCACUCGUUCGAGUAACGGGACGUUUCCCCUCAUUGUCUUCCACCAUGGAACAUUCCUCAAGACUCGAAUCUACACAGGCAUACUCACGCAUAUCGCCAGCUACGGCUAUGUCGUCGUUGCGCCACAGAGAAGUGAUAGUUUUUGGGACACAAAUGCCACACGAGCAUCGAAGAUGCAGCGAGAGUUAUUGAAUGGCUCCUCGGAAACUUCGCAGCCUUUCUCCCAGCUGGUGUGAGCGUCAAUAUUGGCAAGCUCGUCAACAUGGGCCACAGCAAAGGAGGCAAGAUCGCCUUCGCGCUGGCACUCAACAUCAAGGCCAACAUCAGCGUACCAUUUGCCACGCUCGUUGGUCUGGACCCCAUGGAUGGAACAAAGAUCGGCCAAACGCAACCGCGGGUUCUAUACGACGCACCGAUUGUUUUCCAGUACCCAAGUUUGAUCAUCGGCACUGGACUUAGUGGUGCCUGCUCUCCAGCAAAGUAUAACCAUGGCGGUUUCUUCAACCAGACAAGGAGCAUGGUGGUCGACUUGAUACCCUCAGAGUACGGGCAUAUGGAUUUUGUGGACGAUUUGGGGGCAGUCGACCGUCAGAGAGUGUUCCUUCUCGCUUGCAAACGAAAGAGACCCCGGAAGCCCAUGAGAGAUUUCACGGCUGGAGCGGUCGUUCCUCCGAGCUGUCCUUUACAAUGUCACCGAUGCGUUUGUCAACAUUGUCAGAAACCCGUCUUCGGCUCCUGUCCUACUCCAGGAACCUCUUGUCCAUAUUGCUUGAAAUUCAUAUAUAAUAUAUAUCUGCGUAUAUACAAUAAAUUGCUAUGCAUUGCAUGUAAUAGUAAUUUUAUUAUUGCUUAUUAA